AGGGGGCUGGAGCCUCGCAGCUCUCCGGUAACGGAGACACACCGCACCGACUCCCGACUCCACCUGACCUGCAGCCGAACACACGCCCGGAGGAGGAGGACGAUGAUGAUGAUGAUGAUGAUGAUGAUGAUGAUGGAGGCAUAAAGGAACUUUUAUCUGCUUUUUGGCUCCUCUGGAGGGCAUCUUCCCAAUUAAGGCGUCAAAUAAAGUCAUGUCGCAUGUUAUUAAUUCAUAAACACCGAAUGGCGGUGAGUUGAAACAUCACCUCGACCCAUCCGAGAGAGAGAGCUGGGGCUGGACCAGUUGUUUUUCCUCCUGGUCUUCCUUGAAACAUUACAAAACUUCCUCUGUACGUUUUCUUUUUUUUUUAUUUUCUUUUUUUAAUUUUGUCAAAUGUCAACCGUGGCUCGCCGGUUGUUUUUGCUCCACUAAAAGAAGAGGAAGUGUAUCUGGCGGUGGCCAGACGGAGCCGGAGACGGAGCCGGAGCCGCCGGCAGCAGCGCGGGACCGAGCCCCGCCGAGGAUGCUGCUCCAGCCGGUCUGAGCCGCGCCGACAGCCGCCAACAUGUUCCGGCGAGGUUAUGGUGGGGUGGAGUUACUGUUGGUUCUGUGGGGCCUGGAUCUCUCUCAGCCCUGCCCUCGCCACUGCAUCUGCUACACGUCACCCAGCACCGUUUCCUGCCAGGCCCACAACUUCCAUGCCGUGCCUGAGGGGAUCCCCGCUCAAAGCGAGCGGGUCUUCCUGCAGAACAACAAGAUCCAGCGGCUCCUCCGGGGCCACUUCUCGCCCACCACCACCAUGCUGUGGCUGUACUCCAACAACAUUUCCUACAUACAACCAUCCACAUUCCACGGCUUUGACCGCCUGGAGGAGCUCGACCUCGGAGACAACCGGCACCUGAAGGCCGUGGCUUCAGACACCUUCCUGGGCCUGGGCCGGCUACACGCCCUCCAUCUGUACCACUGUGGCCUGAUCAGCCUGCCCCCGGGGAUCUUCGCAGGCCUGCACAGUCUCCAGUAUCUCUACCUACAGGACAACCAUUUGGAGUUCCUGGAAGACGACCUGUUCAUCGACCUGCUGAACCUCAGUCAUCUCUUCCUCCAUGGCAAUCGGCUGUGGAGUCUUCGCCAGAACACUUUCCGAGGUCUAGGGGUCUUAGACCGACUCCUUCUGCAUCAGAACCGUAUCCAGUGGGUUGAUCGUCAGGCUUUCCACGAUCUGCGACGUCUCACCACACUCUUCCUGUUUAACAACUCCCUCACUGAGCUAUCCGGUGCCACCCUGACUCUGGUGCCGGCUCUGGAGUACCUGCGUCUCAACGACAACCCUUGGGAGUGUGAUUGCAAGGCCGUAUCACUUUGGGAUUGGCUGCGGAGGUUCAGAGGCUCCACGUCCACUCUCGUAUGUGUUUCCCCCCCAGAGAUGGUGGGGAAGGACUUGAAAAUGCUGAAGAAAGAAGAGUUACCCAGUUGCUUGUCAGGCGAGGGUCACGCGGGCAGCGCCCCAGGUGGGGAGUCGGAGCACGGAGAAACUUUAAACCACCUGAAUCGUCACAAAAACCACCACAACCACCAUCAGCGGCCGUACCUUCCCCACGGGGACCAGUACAGCUUGCCUUCCCCUUCACCCCUGCCACGGCCGCCUAAGGGAGGACGCAAAAACUGCACUCGCCGCGGCCGCAAGGGAAAAGGGGGGCUCAAUGAUGUACAGGUACUUAGGGAGGGAGGUGAGAAAGACUAUACUCCAGAUGGAGAUAAAUACGACAUGUCUGCAACUGCUAGGAGGAGGAACAAGUGCAUCCCCAGAACUUCUGUUGGUCCACCAAGCGGGGUGCAGAGAGUGAACAAUCAAGCAGGGUUGCAUCUUGCAGAUCAUCUGUUCAGUUUCCCCGCAGCUCUGCUGCUGUCAGUCUUUUUUGUGAUCCCACGCUGAGACAACGCAGACAUUUUUUAAUGCCGGUGAUGCAACCUUCUGAUUCAUUCCCCUGAAACACCCUGUCCUGGCUCUUUACAAGGGUCAUGUAUGAAUACAUGACUGUGUUAUCAGAACAUCAUUGAGCAUCUCUCCGGAAUUACUGCAGGGAUCCCUUUGAGUCAUAAUCAAUACAUGACAGGGAAAACAGUUUAGCCCAUUGUUUUGAUGAUGUCAGCAAGGGAAACAUCAGGAUCUGUUGUCUCUGUGGCAUCAACCGCUUUACCGAAUCGAUGUACUUAUAAAAACUGUACAGCCAUAGAAAAUGACGAGACAAUUCAUUCGAAUCAUAAUAAUAAGAGCACACAGUAAGCAACUAAACAGUUAGCCCUCUCCACUCAAUAGGGCUGUACUCGCACAACCUGGAUCUGUCACUCACACUGAGGCAAAGACACAGUCAUUUAUAGCUGGCUCUCUGCUCGCUCAACAGCACCUUGAGAUCAAGAAAUAGAUUUCUGCAGGCACACAUGGCAAAUAGAUGAGUCAUUGUGAAGAGUGUGGCAGCAACAGCUAUAAUCACUAUUAAUCUACUGAGAAACUUGCUUUACUCCCACAUGUGGGCGUCUAUACUGGCGUCCGAAACACGCCACUGAAAAUGCAACACAACAAUGUAACUGUCAGUUUUUCAGCCCAUUCCUGUCGAAUGAAAUCAUCUGCAUCCCAGUUUAAAAAGCCAUCGAGAACUAACAAAUAUUCUAAGACCCGACUUGUCUCAUCCGAUCCCGUUGAGCGUUCAAGAGACUUCUUUGUUAUUGUUGGUAUGACUGCGUGUGUCCAAAAAUAUUACUGAAGCCAUGUGGGUAGAGCCCAGCUCCACAUUAAGAGUGCCUAACGGGAGUGAGUUCCCAAUAAAGGACAAACUCUGGAGGCAAGAGAUGGUUUGCUUCACUCCUCAACCUCAACAGCGACACAAUGCAGGUCUCAUCUCUGCGGGCCAAGGAAGCAGCUGAGACUCUAGACUCACCAAACUUUCGAUUCCCUGAAACUGGUAUGCAUUUCCCCUUGUAUCAUUCAAACACAGGCCUUUUUUUUUCUUUUUUAAAUCUUUUAAUUCCUGUCGCAAAGGUCUGAUCGUGGCAGAAAAUGGGAAACACAGAGGUUCCAACUCUGUGGCGAUCAGCUGAAGGAAAAGAGACCACACCCCCACACAAAAAAAAAAAAACUUGCCAAAUGUAUUCCUUCUCCUCUCUGGGGUCAUUCUUGUGCUCCAGAACAGAUGGAUACGAGGAUCUGCAGGCCUGGCUGGAGAGCUGGGUCGUAUAUCUGCUGGGUCUAAAGGCACAAAACUCCAUAGUCCUUCUGGAAUCGCAGGAAUCUUCUUCCAGAGUUGACAAGGACAGAGAGGACUGCGGAACCAGGAGCCCCUUUUGAAGUGAAGCAGUUCAGACGACUCUCACCCCGUAACGAUAACCUUCACAAACUUCCAGCCUUCGUUAGUCCAGGGAUUUCCCACCACAGUUAAGCCAUUCAGAUGCCACCUCAGCUUAGACUUUAGACUCCAAGUUUUCUCAACCCAGAUCUCAAGUGCUCAUUUACAGUAAGUUAAACCUGUUCAGACACAGCAGGGUCUUUUGAGUCCCUUAAUGCCAUUAAAGUUAACGGUUUUUUCAUUUUCUUCCUUUAAGCACUAAUAAAGUCUGUCUUUGAGAAAGCUACUUUUACAAACAAACAGUGACUACAGUACCCGAAUAAACUACAAUCGUGGAAGGUUGUUGAAAAGCACAAACAUACCUUAAGGAAACAUGGUUUUAAUGGAAAUCCAAGGGCAGGGGCCACAUUUGUUCCCCGAUUGUGUGCAUUUCUUGCUGGGCCCCCCUUUUUCAUGUCUAUCUAUCUACUUAGAUGUCGGGGCCGUCCAGAAGCCUGUCACUGGUGUCAUUGUCCUGACAUGUAGGAUGUAGAGAUCCCUACCGGUGAACUUGUUUGUGCUGCUGUGAACCCAGAGGUGAUGUAAAUUGUGUCUCUUUAUUCCUGUGAGAAUGACUUUUGUUAAAAAAAAAAAACAAGAAUCCAAAAAAAGGAGAAAUCUGUUCUCUGUUGUGUCUCAGUAGUUCCCGUAUAAAAGAAGAACAGGGAGCGGGAGGCUCGAACUUUGUAAUGUUUUUUUUUUCUUUUGAAAACUUAAUUAUAAUGAUUUAAUGUUUCCGUCUUUUUGUUUUGCUGAGUCAUUCGAGGUGAACAGUACAACGCACUGCACUCCCUGCUCUUAUUCCUGUUUUUCUUAGCUUCUAUUCAUCCAUGCCUCCCCUCCCCUCCCCUCCUCUCCUCUCCCUCCCUGUCUGUUCAUUCUCUUUGCGCUCUCCCAUGCUGUGCAGCUCCUCUCUUCCACCUCCCAGCGCGUACAUACACACAUAUCCCUGCAUCCUUUUCCUCUUUUCUUCGUCUGUGCAGCCCAAAUGUUUCCUAUGUGGUUAUCCAACAAUGUCAGACUGAAAAAGGUGUUUAUAAAUAACAUUAAACA